AUGUCUGAAGCUGCCACUGCCUCUGCCAACGCCUCGUCGAGCGACUUUGACCUCAAGCACGCAAAGACGGCCCUGACCCUCUCGUCCACAACCGCCAGAAUCGCCCAAUUGCGCGCCAUUGACGAGAAGAUUGCCCAUAAAUCUCUCGACAAGCCCUCUACUCUAGGCCUCCUCAAGGUCAUAUUCUGGACCCAUGCGUUUUACACCGAUAAGCACUCUCGACACGCCGUACAGCGAUGUCUUGUCUCGAUCUGCAAAACAGGGGAAGCCGAUGUCCUCGCCCCACUAGUGGCCGCCGUGAAGCAGGAGAUCCAGAAACCCGGAAUUGCGCCAGGAAAUGCGUUUGUGCUGCUGGAAUGGUGCAACCUAUUGAUUGAUAACCUCGCCGGGACAACGCUCUGGGAGAAGUUUGGGAACGACAUUAUUCAAGCAACAGCCGAUGGCCUCGACAAAUGUCUUCAGGCCACCGCGAGGGACAGCGUGGGGAGGUCGGCGCUGGUCAUCACUCGGAGGGGGUUCAGGAAAAUUGUUUCAGCCGAUAUCAAGGCCGUCGAGGCUGCCAUCAAGCUUCUCACAACCAAAGGAACACAAUCAACCGCCAAAAAUGCUGCCUUGCUGGGCGUGAUUGCCGGUGUGUGCUCACGAAAACCCGAGGCUAAACCCAUUGUCGAAAGCGCAAAGAGCCUAUACAUUACCUUUUACACACGCGAGAUUGUUGGAUCAAGAACGCCAGUCCCCAAACACAUCGCCAAUGGUCUGAGUGACUUUUUCUCAGCCUUCGUGACGGUUGAGGAUCUCGACAAGGACGUUUUUCCAGCUCUGGAAAAGGGUCUGCUGAGAGCCCCUGAAGUGGUGCUGAACGAUCUUAUCACGCCCCUGGUUCGGUCUCUCCCUGGUUUCGACCUGUCCAAGGCACUCAGUGGGCGAUUCACAAAACCACUACUCUCCAACCUCAAGUCUUCUAAUGCUGCGAUUCGCACUGGGGCUGUGUCGGCAUUCAAAGCGCUCGCCACGAGCUCCAAGGAUCUCACCGAGGUGGAAAAGUCUGCUGAUGAAGUGCUCACUCCUCUAAAGGGGGGAAAGCUCGCCUCUGCCGAGCACAGGGUUCUUCACUCGGAAAUCCUUGUUGCUUUGCCUACCUCCACAUCUAUCGCAACCAAGAUUGCCACUGGGCUCCCUACCGUUGUGGGCAAGGAGGCCAACGAAGCCGCCCUGAGCGCCGAAACUCUUGCUCUCAACGCCAGUGCUAUUUCUUUGCUUACCGGGUCUGAAGUUCCAAAAGCGCUGGUUGACGUUUACGCCAAGGGGCUGGCAGACAAGAAGUUCCCCGUCCGUCGGAUUUGGAUUCUUCGAACCGGCGAGGUGCUGCGGAGCAUUCCCCAAGAUACCGAAGCAGGGCUUCCUGCGGGUUUCAUCACGUUCGCUGAAGCUGUGGUGCCACCACUUUUGGCUACCUUCAACGAGGUUGUCGCCAACUCUACCACCGCUUCGCAAAACGGCAUUGUAACUGGCGCGCUUGUCGUCUGCGGCCUCGCACCGCUGUUCCACAGGUUGCAGAGCGCCAAGCUGCAGGAGGCCAUCAAGAAGGCGGCUAUCGAGAAGAACAGUUUGGCGUUUGAGCCAAAGCCGUCCUACUUGCUCGUCCCAAGAAUCUACGGCAAGUUCACUGGAGAUGAUCUCGAACUAGCCUGGGCGCAAGCAUACAUCUAUGUGAUUUGCUCCACCGUCACUACUCCUGCGGUAAGACGCCAGGCCAUGGAUAGUCUGACCGAGCUCUGUGUAAAGACAGCUGGUUCGGAAGAGUUGUCUAUCGCCGCGGAGAUUAUCAACGGCUUGUGGCAGUGGAUCGAAGCUCUCGAGACGGGCGACAAGGAAACAGCCGCUGUUCUUUCCAAGUCGGAAACGACCAACCUUCACCUGGUACUCAAGGCCAUUUGCCUGAGCCCAGAACGGGCUGGACCUGAGGUCGACAAGACCAAACUGGAGACGCAAAUGUGCUCUCUGCUCGUCUUGGCCAAGCCCAAUCUUAUCCCACGUGCGAGCUGGAUUGAGCUUUGCCUGAGAGUCCAGCUUGAUCCUGGUGAGCUCGCCAGAAAAUACGACCACCGGCUCAUCGACGAGAUUGUUCAGAGGACUGGCUUCGAGCAAAAGUCAGAGGCCGUCAAGGCCGCAGCGUACAAUGCGGCUGCCGAGCUCGUCUUUGUUGCCCCUGAAACCAUGACUUCACGCAUCGUUGACCUCAUUCAACAAGACCUGGAUGUCGCCGCGGUUGAGGCCGUCGGUCCUCUCGAAGCUGCCAUCUUCCGCACCCCUGAAGGGACUGCAUUUGUCGACGUUUUGGCCAAGAAACAAAACACGGUUCCCAACAAGAACACCAAGGAUUAUGACACAUUGAAGUGGGAGCAGGAGCUCAGAGAACAGCUCGCUCAAAAGAAGGGUACUCAAAAGAAGCUCACUGCCGACGAGACAGCCAAGGUGAACGCCCAGCUCAAGAAAGAGGCGGAGGUCCGGAACUCUGUCCGCCAGACUGCUGCCAAGUUGAUUCGGGGCUUCGGCAUUGUCAAGAGUCUGGCCACAGGCCCACCAACAGAUGCCAGCCGCUGGAUCGGAGCGGCCGUCAAGGCAACCCUGGAUGUUAUCGAUGCCGGCGCUUGCUUGAUCACUGCAGAGACGGGCCCAUUAGCUUUGGUCACUUGUGCCGAGCAAGUCACGAACCGACUUGGGCCCAUCCGCCCCUUUAUCGGGGCUGCUACCCUCCGCGCCCAUGAGGUCUCAGCACUGCCGGACACCUAUACCCAAGAGCCUUUCUUUGAUCUUGUUACCAGGGUGCUGUACCGCUUGCGUUUUGCUGGUGAGCAGCGCCCCUUUGACACGGUCUCGCUCAUUUACAUCCUGCCGCUCGUGCUGCUUGUCCUGGAGAAGGGGGGUUUUGGCGCCACCGCUGAGGAUCGCGAUGCCCAGGUUGUUCUCGCCAUCGAUAUUCUCACUUUCCACACAGAUGCCUCGUCGGAUGAGGCGGUUCCCCGUGAUCAAAUCAUUGCCACGCUGAUUGCGUCGAUGCAAAAGUACAACCAGCACUACAAGAUCAUCAAGGAUUGCUUUGCCGACAUGGUGCGCUGUGUUGCCCCCAACAUCACUCCUGAAGAAAUUGCAAUCCUGUCUCGCGGUGCCGUUGUUUCUCAAACAAGCGUGCGGUCUGCGGUGCUGCAGUCCAUCAGCGCCGAUGUGGACAUGAGCGAUCUUGAGGUCUCGGAAGAGAUCUGGCUCGCCUGCCACGACGACGUGGAAGAGAACGUUGAUACUGCUCGCGAGAUUUGGGAGGAGAGUGAGUUCAAGGUGACCGAAGAGCUCGCUCACAAGAUGCUGCCCUACUUGGAAAGCAAGGAUGCGCAGCUUCGCCGCGCCGCUGCCAGAUCGCUUGCCGAGGCUGCCAGCCAACACCCCAAUGUCAUCAACCCUAUUCUUGAGAAGCUCAGGGCAUCUUACAGCGAGCUAGCGAAGCCUCGCGUGCAGCUGCUGGAUGAGUUUGGCAUGCCCAAGAAGAUGGACCUGACGGAUCCUUGGGAGGCUAGACAUGGUAUUGCCCUCGCAUUCAAGGAUAUUGCACCACAUUUGCAAAAGAACCAGCUCGAGCCAUUCUUUGCCUAUCUCAUCGAGCAAGGGCCGCUCGGUGACCGAAACGGCAAUGUACGUGCGGAAAUGCUCGAGGCUGCCAACAUUGCCAUCGAAAUUCACGGCAAGGGCAUUCUUGACAAUCUCAUGAAGACGUUUGAAAAGACGCUCGAGGCGCCUGACAAGCACUCUGAGGCGGCAGACCGUGUCAACGAGGCUGUUAUCAUCAUGUAUGGUGCUCUUGCCCGCCAUCUCAAGCACGGCGACAAGAAGAUCCCGGUUGUCAUUGAGCGCCUGCUUUCGACGCUCAGCACCCCGUCCGAAACUGUGCAGUAUGCCAUUGCCGAGUGCCUCCCUCCCCUGGUUCGUAUUUCGGGUGACAAGUCGUCCAAGUACUUCGACCAGAUGCUCGAGGUUUUGAUGACGUCUCAGAAGUACCCUGAGCAGCGCGGUGCUGCCUACGGUCUGGCUGGUCUUGUCCAGGGCAGGGGCAUUGCUGUGCUGAAGGAGUAUCGCAUCCUGGUUACCCUUCACAGCUGCCUCGAGAACAAGAAGGAUGUCCGUCAGCGCGAGUCUGCCCUACUGGCUUAUGAAUUGCUGUCAACCAUUCUGGGCCGUGUCUUUGAGCCCUAUGUCAUCCAGAUCGUGCCCCAGCUUCUCGCCGGGUUCGGUGAUGCCAACGCGGAUGUGCGUGAGGCUGCUCUGGCUGCUGCCAAGGCCUGCUUUGCCAAGCUGAGCUCGUAUGGUGUUAAGCAGAUUUUGCCCACACUCCUCAGAGGUCUUGACGACGAUCAGUGGCGUAGCAAAAAGGGAGCUUGCGAUCUGUUGGGUGCCAUGGCGUACCUGGACCCUCAACAGCUGGCUCAGAGUCUUCCCGAGAUUAUCCCACCACUGACGGCUGUCCUCAACGACAGUCACAAGGAGGUGCGGUCUGCAGCCAACAAGAGUUUGAAGAGAUUUGGCGAGGUCAUCACCAACCCCGAGAUUCACAGCUUGGUCGAUGUUCUCCUCAAGGCCCUCAGUGAUGCCACCAAGUAUACCGACACUGCUCUCGAUGCGCUCAUCAAGGUGCAGUUCGUGCAUUACCUCGACGCGCCUUCGCUGGCUCUUGUCAGCCGUAUCUUGGAGCGUGGUUUGGCCGAUCGUUCCAACACCAAGCGCAAGGCGGCCCAGGUCAUUGGCAGCUUGGCCCAUCUUACCGAGCGCAAGGAUUUGGUCUCUCAUCUGCCUGUGCUCGUGGCUGGUCUCAAGCUUGCUAUUGUUGAUCCUGUGCCUACCACCCGUGCCACAGCUUCCCGCGCCCUCGGUUCACUUGUUGAGAAGCUGGGCGAGGAUGCGCUGCCAGAUCUUAUUCCCGGUCUUAUGCAGACGCUCAAGUCCGAUACUGGUGCGGGCGACAGACUUGGUUCUGCCCAGGCGCUCAGUGAGGUCCUUGCUGGUCUUGGUACUUCGAGAUUGGAGGAGACCUUGCCUACCAUUCUGCAAAAUGUCGAGUCUGCCAAGGCCUCGGUCCGCGAGGGCUUCAUGUCGCUGUUCAUCUUCUUGCCCGUGUGCUUCGGCAACAGCUUCGCCAACUAUCUCGGCAAGAUCAUCCCGCCUAUCUUGUCUGGUCUUGCGGAUGAUGUUGAGAGCAUCAGAGAAACAGCUCUCCGUGCUGGUCGCCUUCUGGUCAAGAACUUUGCAGUUCGUGCGGUUGACUUGCUCCUUCCUGAGCUUGAGCGUGGUCUUGCUGACGAUAGCUACCGCAUCCGUCUCAGCUCUGUUGAGUUGGUCGGUGAUUUGUUGUUCAACUUGGCUGGUAUCAAAGCCAAUGCCGAGGAGGACGAGGAGGAGGAUCAGGAUGCUACCAAGGAGGCCGGUGCGUCUCUCCGUGAGGUUCUCGGGGAUGAGAAGCGGAACAAGAUUCUCUCGGCGCUGUAUGUCUGCAGAUGUGAUACCGCGGGUGCGGUGCGGUCGGCGGCUAUCAGUGUCUGGAAGGCGUUGGUGCACAGUCCCAGAACCCUCAAGGAGCUGGUACCAACGCUCACGCAGCUUAUUAUUCGGCGGUUGGGCAGCUCCAACAUGGAGCACAAGGUCAUUGCUAGCAACGCCCUUGGUGAACUUAUCAGGAAGGCUGGAGAUGGUGUGCUGGCUACCUUGUUGCCUACGCUGGAGGAGGGCUUGCAGACGUCGAGUGAUGUGGACGCCAAGCAGGGCAUCUGCCUUGCGCUCAAGGAGCUCAUCUCUUCUGCCUCUCCAGAAGCGCUGGAGGACCACGAGAAGACGCUCAUUUCUGUUGUCCGCACGGCUCUCACCGACUCGGAUGAUGAGGUUCGCGAGGCAGCGGCCGAGGCAUUUGACUCGCUGCAGCAGAUCCUCGGCAAGCGUGCGAUUGAUCAGGUGCUGCCGUAUCUGCUCAACCUGCUGCGGUCCGACGAGGAUGCUGACAAUGCUCUCGCGGCACUGCUCACGUUGCUCACCGAGACGACGCGCUCCAACAUCAUUCUGCCCAACCUCAUCCCGACGCUCAUCGCGCCGCCUAUUUCGGCCUUUAACGCAAAGGCGUUGGCGAGCCUGUCCAAGGUGGCCGGUCCGGCUAUGAACCGCCGUCUGCCAAACAUCAUCAACUCGCUCAUGGACAACAUUAUCAACUGCACCGAGGACGACCUCAGGGAGGACCUCGACAACUCGUUCGACACGGUGCUGCUGUCUAUUGACGAGUAUGACGGGCUCAAUGUGGUGAUGAACGUGCUGUUGCAGCUCACCAAGCACGAAGAUCACCGCAAGAGAUCGGCCACCGCUCGCCACUUGGCCAAGUUCUUCGCCGAGGCCGACGUGGACUACUCGAGAUAUAACCAGGACAUCAUCCGGGCGCUGCUGAUCUCGUUUGACGAUCGUGACAAGGAAGUCGUCCGGUCCGCGUGGAGCGCCCUGAGCGAGUUCACCAAGCGGCUCAAGAAGGAGGAGAUGGAGGCGCUGGUCCCGUCGACAAGACAGACGCUCCUCCACGUGGGCGUUGCGGGGGCCAACCUACCUGGUUUCGAGCUGCCCAAGGGCAUCAACGCCAUCUUGCCCAUCUUCUUGCAGGGUCUCAUGAACGGCACGACAGAACAGAGGGUCAGCGCCGCGCUGGCCAUCUCCGACGUGGUGGACAGGACGAGCGAGGCGGCGCUCAAGCCGUUUGUCACACAGAUCACCGGCCCGCUCAUCCGUGUUGUGUCUGAGCGGUCGACCGAGGUCAAGUCGGCGAUUUUGCUUACGCUGAAUAACUUGUUGGAGAAGAUGCCGGCGGCGCUGAAGCCGUUCUUGCCGCAGCUGCAGAGGACGUUUGCCAAGAGUUUGGCGGACACGUCGAGCGAGCAGUUGAGGAGCAGGGCGGCGAAGGCGCUGGGGACGCUAAUCAAGUUUACGCCGAGGGUUGACCCGCUGAUUGCGGAGUUGGUGACGGGUUCGAAGACGAGCGAUACCGGGGUCAAGACGGCCAUGCUCAAGGCGCUGUAUGAGGUUGUUAGCCGGGCGGGAGGCAACAUGGGUGAGGGGUCGAGGCAGGCGAUCCUGGGGAUGAUUGACGGGGGGGAUGAGCUGGACGAGAGGGACAGCGGGAUGGUGAUUACGCAUGCGAAGCUGUUUGGGGCGUUGGUCAGGAACGUCAGUGUGGAAGUGGCCGGGGGGUUGUUGAGGAACAGGGUACUGAAGGGAGGGGAAGGGGGUUUGAUGGGGGUGUUGGCGUUGAAUGCAGUUCUGUUGGAGGCGGCGGGAGUGGUGGGUGAGUGUGGGCUUGGGGACGAGUUGCCCGAGGUACUUUGCGCGGGAAUGGUUGGGAAGGAUCCGUCAAUUGCGGACAAUUAUAUCGCCGCCACGGGGAAAUACCUCCUUUCUGCCGACCUCCCCAAGUCGUUUGAGAGCACCAAGCCCAUCUUCACCACGCUGUCCACCAUUAUCCCUCCGGGCAACGCGAGCGACACGCGCCGGUUGGCGCUUGUGCUCGUCCGGACUCUGGCGCGCACCCAUCCCGACAUGGUCCGCCCUCACCUGAGCAUCCUUGCGCCGCCCGUGUUUGCCUCGGUGAGGGACACGGUCAUCCCGGUCAAGCUGGCGGCAGAGGCGGCGUUUGUGCAGCUUUUUGCCGUGGCGGACGAGGAGAGCAAGGUGUUUGACAAGUGGAUUUCGGGGAUGGACUUGCAGGCCAAUGCGAAGAGGAGCAUGCAGGAUUACUUCAAGAGGGUGGCGCUGAGGUUGGGGGCGCAGGUUAGGGAGAGGAGGGAGGCGGAGUGGGGGCGGGGGGGUUGGGGCUGUCGAAUGAUGAGUUGGAGGAUGAGAAGGAGUUGA